AUGCGAGAGAGACGUUACUUGUUGAAGGAAUUUCCAGAACUGGCAUCUUGCGAGGAUAACUCUAAGGUUUUGGAGGUGGGCUGUGGUAACGGGAGUACCGCUCUACCGAUAUUGUGUGGACGAGAUGGCAUCAUCUUAUAUGCCUGUGACUGCAGUAGCACGGCUCUUGAGAAGGCUAAAGAGAUAAUUAGUUCUGCCAAUUCCCUCUCUGCUAAUGCUCGUUUUAUCCCAUUCCUUUGUGAUUUCUCAACAACUGGGUUUCCUUCGUGGUUGGCCUGCAAUACCUGUAUUCAUUCAGGACUUUCAGGUGCCACUUUAUGUGAAGGGAUAGAUGCUUUUAACUCAUUAUGCUCUGAUGGAACCAAAUGCUGCAUUGGUGGAGUCGAUUUUGUUACUUUGAUAUUCACUUUAUCAGCCUUACCGCCUGACAGGAUGCCUAAGGCCAUUGCACAGUGCUUUGCAGUUCUAAAGCCAGGUGGCCUGCUUUUAUUCAGAGAUUAUGGUCUCUAUGAUAUGACCAUGCUUCGAUUUGAGCCUGAAAAUAGAAUAGGAUAUCGAGAAUACUUACGGUCAGAUGGAACUCGGUCGUAUUUCUUCUGCUUGAAUACUAUCAGAAGUUUGGCUACUGCCGCAGGUUUCACUGAGCUUUCAGCAACUGUCCUUAGUGUAGCAGCAGCUGACUCAAGAACUGACCUUCUCAACAGAUACCUCAAGAAAUCACAAGAAAACAAAGCCAAAAAUGAUAAGGAGAGACUAGACAGUUAUUACAAGCGCAACUACAAAGAUUACUUCGGCGUGUUAGAAGGUGAGUUGAAGCAGAAGAAAGAACUUUCUGAAUCAGAAAACGACAUUCUUGAGUGGCUUGAGCGCAAUAGAAAUAAUUAA